AUGGGGGUAGUGACGGUUAUUUUGCUGUCAAUAAUUCCCAAUAUCGUUUCUCAACCGCCUCCAGUGACCUAUCUGGAUCGCUCUCGUCUAGAACUCACUUCCUCCCCCUCACAUCCACCUUUAUCUUGUGAAGUAUGGCCACCCACCGCCAAUAUCUCCCUCUACAUAGCCCACCCCUAUUUGGGAGGUGGAAGUAAUUCUCCCUCGGGACCUCGAUCUCACCUCUCCCUUGAACCCAUUCCCACUGGUCCAAGCUCUGCACCCUUCCGUAUCACUCGGCGUAUUGUUCCCUCAAAUUCUACACUGGGGUUGAUAGAUCCUAUGACUGCGUCAGUACCGGCGUUCUCAAAUGCGGCGGCCAAUUUGGAAGUAUUAGGUGGUGAUGGAUCCAAUGUUUGGGCGAGCGUGGACUCGGUGGAUGUGCAUUGUAGGGUGGAUACCAAGUUCGGAGCUGUAUUGAGUGCUCCUUUUAGAGUGGUGAUUUCAAGACUUCCAGAACCCCUAACACCCACUGGCUUUUCACAGACCCGGGUGAAGGAAUUUAUUAAAGGCAAUGUAGCCUUUGUGAGCUGUCGUAUUCCACCGGAUAGCCAACCCCCGCCAAUAGUUCAGUUCUAUCUUAACGGAUCACUUAUUACCAAUUCUCAGAAAUACAAGCAAGUUCUUCGACCUAAUGAAGAUCAGGUCAUACUGCUAAUCAAUAGUUUCAAAGUCUCAGAUGAGGGUGACUAUCGAUGUACCCUAACCAAUCCAGUCACAAAAGCUACUGUUUGGUCACCGGAAAUCAUUCGGCUGCAAGUUAGAACACCGGACAAGCCCGUUAACGCUCGUAUUAUCCUACCACUUGCUCCCCAAGACAAUAGUUCAGCCGCCGCAACACGUCAACUCGUUGUACGAGAGGGUGACAAUGUAACCCUCUUCUGCAUUAUGGAGGGAGCGCCACCACCUGAAGUCCAUACCUAUCCCCACAACACUCAAAAAAAUCGCUACAUUAUGGAUCAAGAAUUUGUUGAGAACAUAAUGAAACUGCAGGUAGCCAAUCGAGCUCAUCCAGAGGAUGACAAUGGUAUAACUACUGACAGAAUUUGGGAUAUUAGAGAUUUGGCUUAA